AUGCUUCACCAACUUCCCAGAGAACCACUCCAAGAACCAACGCAGUUCUCUCUCUUCACCAACCCACCAUCUCUCCCCUUUCCCAAAACCCCGCAAAACCCAGUAAACCAAUUCAGCUUUGAACAGAACUACAGAAACAUAUGCAAUCACCUUGUCUCUCUAACCCACUCAAGGUCUCUCUUCAAGGGGCAGACCUUACACGCCCACAUCAUCAAGUCAGGAAUUCAGAUAAUCCCACUCAUAUCCCACCAUCUCAUCAACUUCUAUUCAAAAUCCCAACGGCCACUUGAUUCCCGCCAAAUAUUCGACGAAGCCCCCGUAAAGUCUUCGACUACUUGGAGCUCCAUUAUCUCUUCUUUUGCCCAAAAUGAGCUGCCUUUGCUUGCUCUGGACUCCUUUCGCCGAAUGCUCGACAAUGGGGUUCAACCAGAUGAUCAUAUAUUUCCUAGCGCCACGAAAGCGUGUGCGAUUCUUUCUAAGAAUAACGUUGGACAAUCUAUACAUUGUCUUGCAAUGAAAUCUGGGUAUGAUUCUGAUGUAUUUGUGGGGAGUUCAAUUGUUGAUAUGUAUGCAAAAUGCGGUGAAAUUCGGGAUUCUCGGAAAAUGUUCGAUGAAAUGCCGGACAGAAACGUGGUUUCUUGGAGUGGGAUGAUAUACGGUUAUGCUCAAAUGGGUGAGGAUGAGGAGGCUUUGAGGUUAUUUAAGCAGGCCUUGGUUCAGGAUUUGGAAGUUAAUGAUUUUACUUUUUCGAGUGUGAUUCGGGUAUGUGGAAAUUCGACGUUGCUUGAACUGGGGAAACAAAUACAUGGGUUGUGCUUGAAAAUGAGCUAUAAUUCCAUGAGUUUCGUUGGGAGUUCUUUGAUUUCUUUGUAUUCCAAGUGUGGAGUUAUCGAAGGAGCUUAUCUGGUUUUUGACGAGGUACCCAUUAGGAAUCUUGGCAUGUGGAAUGCGAUGCUUAUUGCUUGUGCUCAGCAUGCUCAUACUAGCCAAGUAUUUGAUUUGUUUAAACAGAUGGAACGCGUUGGGAUGGAACCGAAUUUUAUCACAUUUUUGUGUAUGCUUUAUGCUUGUAGUCAUGCGGGGCUAGUCAAAGAGGGAAAGUAUUAUUUUGAGCUAAUGAAGGAGGGUGGGAUUGAACCAGGUGAUCAGCAUUAUGCUUCCAUGGUGGAUUUGCUUGGCCGUGCUGGGAAGUUGCAGGAAGCAGUUUCAGUCAUCCAGGAAAUGCCCAUGCAACCAACAGAAUCUGUGUGGGGAGCUUUACUAACCGGGUGCCAUAUACAUAAGGACACGGAAUUGGCAGCUUAUGCAGCUGAUAGAGUCUUUGAGCUAGGUGCUGUUAGCUCGGGCCUGCACGUGCUAUUAUCUAAUGCUUAUGCAGCUGCUGGAAGAUACGAAGAUGCAGCCAAAGCCAGGAAGAUGUUGAGGGAUCGAGGUGUGAAAAAGGAAACAGGUUUGAGUUGGGUUGAAGAGGGAAAUAAGGUUCACACAUUUGCUGCUGGGGAUAGGUGUCACUCAAAAUCCAGAGAGAUUUAUAAGAAAUUGGGGGAAUUGGGUGAAAAAAUGGAGCAAGCCGGUUAUAUUGCCGACACUAGUUUUGUGUUUCGAGAAGUAGACGGUGAUGAGAAAAAUCAGGCAAUUAGGUACCACAGUGAAAGGCUAGCCAUUGCAUUUGCGCUUAUUACCAUUCCACCUGAACGGCCAAUUAGAGUAAUGAAGAACUUGCGUGUUUGUGGUGAUUGUCACAGUGCAAUUAAGUUUAUGUCCAAGUGCUCUGGAAGAAUAAUUAUUGUGAGAGAUAACAACAGAUUUCACCGGUUUGAGAAUGGGAAUUGCUCAUGUGGUGACUACUGGUGAUUCAAUCAUAAGCAAUUUAUUUACCUUGUCCAUUUUUUAUUUAACACAACUGUGUAAUGAAGAAAAUUUCUCAGGGUGGCCUUCAACAAUUAAUUUGGAACAAACUCAUAGGAUUGAUCCAUAUUCAUGCAGUAGUUACAAGGAAGAGAUAACGAAG